GCUGGAGCCGGGCGUUGCGAAGGGGGGAGGGCGGGGCAGGGGCCUCCGGGCACCGGCCACCGAGCGGGCCAGCCCCGCCCCGAGCGGGUGGCGGACGGCCGCAGCCGCCUCCCAGUGAAGCGCUUUGGUGUCGCCUCGCAGCGCCCCGAGAUGCCGGGUGUUCUCCCUCUGGCUUCCUAUGUCCUAUUACCAGGAGGAUUUCUUCAAAGAAUACCUCAAGAUGAUGGCGAAUAUAAUCAUCCUGAACUUGCUCAUUUGUAUUUCUCUGGCUCUCUGGAUCGUGUCCAUGAUUGCAAGUACGUACUACGGUACUUUACGGCCCAUUUCUCCAUGGCGCUGGCUUUUUUCAGUCUUGGUUCCACUAAUAAUUGCAGUACAGGGUUUUAAGAAGAAGAGUCUUGACCACAGUGGUGCAUUGGGUGGUUUGGUGGUUGGAUUUAUCCUUACGGUUGCAAAUUACAGUUUCUUCACUUCUUUGUUUGUAUUUUUUGUUACUUCUUCAAAACUCACUAAAUGGAAAAAAGAUAUAAAGAAGCAAAUAGAUUCAGAAUACAAAGAAGGUGGACAGAGGAAUUGGGUGCAAGUAUUCUGUAACGGUGGUGUUCCUACUGAGCUGGCUGUCUUAUAUAUGAUAGAAAAUGGACCAGGUGAAAUUCCGAUAGACUUUUCAGAGCAAUACACAGCAUCAUGGAUGUGCUUAUCCCUUUUGGGAGCUUUGGCAUGCUCUGCUGGUGAUACCUGGGCUUCAGAGAUUGGUAGUGUUAUGAGUAAACGCAAGCCAAGGUUGAUAACAACCUGGGAAGAGGUUCCAGUAGGUACUAAUGGAGCAGUUACUUUAGUGGGCCUGCUCUCAAGUUGCCUUGGCGGCAUGGCAGUAGGUAUAGCCUACUUCAUAACACAACUCAUUUUCGUGACUGAUCUGGAAGUAUUUGCUCCACAAUGGCCCAUUAUUGUCUUUGGUGCAGCAGCUGGCUUACUGGGAUCAAUUGUUGAUUCAUAUUUGGGAGCUACGAUGCAAUACAGCGGUUUUGACCAGCGUAUUGGCAUGGUUGUCAACCACCAAACACAAGACUCCAAGCACAUAUCUGGAAAACCUAUAUUAGACAAUAACGCAGUAAAUCUUUUUUCUACUAUAAUCAUUGCUUUGGUGCUUCCAGGCGUGGCGUGGUGUUUCUGGCCCAGGAGUUAAAAUGGUUUAAGGUUUUCUGCACGUGAUUCAUAUAUGUUCAAUGUUACUCAAAAACUCCAGACAGUUCUGUUUGGACUCCCUCGAAGGGAGGGAUCGGAAACUUUCAGAGAGCCAAAGGACUUUCCAUCUCAGCCUGCUAAGGCUUUAAACUUCAUAUGGCAAUUGGCAUCUGUCAGGGCAAGGAAGGGAUUUUGUCAAUAUGUUCUUGCUGCUCUUGAAAUGGAUGUAGAUCAUUGCCAAGUGAGGUGAAGCACUUAAUUUAUCCUCAUGGAGCUGAAAGGUCGGCAUCUGUGUUCUCUCCAGUCUCCAGCAUCUGGAAGGGCAAGGAGCUGGAAAUAGAAGUCUAAUCUACAUCAGUCUGUGGGAUGAAGCAUUGUGGCAAUUGUCCAAGCCAGGCACAAUGUACUCUGUGUGUAGGCAGUGGUAACACAGGUGAAAUGGGUGAAUUCUGGUAUUUCCCAUCAUCUACAGUACAUAAGGUUUUAUGGAAGCGUUUUUUUGGGGGGAAAGAAGUAAUUCUUGUUGACUAUUCUGUAUCCUGAUACUAUCUCCGCUUCCCUGAGAAUAGGGUUGGUACAAGUGAUGCCACUUUGUGAUGUUUGAAGCAAAAGACUAAAUUUAAAAUAAAAACUCACUAGUUUUUCCAGUAAGAAUAAUAAAUUUGCCUGUGCUCUUUUGACAUCUUUAUUUCUAAACUAAUGAUAUUUAUGAUGAUUGUCAAUACUGUGGUACUUUCUAAAUUAUCUAAAAUUAAGGAUCACAGUUGUGAAUUCACACUCAUUUCUUUAGAAAUAGAACAUUCUUUCCAUAAGCAUGGAAUUGUUCCAUAAUGCUUAGCAUUCUGACCAAACUGUAAAGUUUUCCCCAUGUUGUUUGGGGUUGCUAUUCAAAGAUGACGGCCUCAACCAAAGAAGCUACAGAGGUUAUCCUUGUAGCGAAUGGGGAAAGUCUCACUUAAAUUCCCACUUUUAAAUGGUUUAUAACUUCUGGUGCUCAGGUUCCUGUGUUAGGUGAUACCAUCUUCCAUCAUUUAUAGAAGAGGUGAAAGCAAUUUAGCCAGCACAGAUUGUAUUUAAACUUUAGAGAUACCCUCAUAAUAACCUGUCACUGUCAACAUUCAGAAGGUAGGGCCCAUACUGUCAACUUAAAGAAAGCUUUUUCUUUUUACCUUUAGAGAUAGGUGAGGAUUUAGUAUUAAACAGCUGAUGUUUUUACAAAUGUCUUGUGUGUUGCCUGUCUUAAUUCACUUGAAACGCAUCUUAUGUCAGCUUUUCUGGGAAUAUUCAAAAAUUGGAACACCUUCCAUGCUGAGUUUACUCUUUUGAAAUCUGGUCUGAAUAAAUCUGGAAUUUAUCACUGGAACUGGUUUACUGUAUUAUCCAGUUAUGCUGAUGAGAUUUCAAACUAGUAAGAGCUUUCUGAAAAGAACAAACUGUGUGGCUGCUGUAUGUCUGUUCCUGUGGAAAGGCACAAAAUUAUAAAAGGAAUAUAUGCACUUAAGCUGUAACAAUAAACACUUGAGAAUUUUAUGCACUGCUUGGAUUUAUGCUGUUUCUAAAUAAACACUGUAUUAGUUUUUUAA